GUGACGAAUAGACUCUGCUGCCAUCGGUCAAGCUGGAGGACGUCCCAACGGUUGGCUGGCUUGGGCUCGGACUCGGGCUCGGGCUCUGACUCGGGCUCUGACUCGGGCUCGAACUCGGACUCGGGUCGUCCAUGUUUGCGGUUCCGCUUAGCCUGUGCGCACUCUUCGCUCUCACUCGCCCUACGCCUCGCGUUGUCUGUGCCUGCAGACGGGCUGGCUUUGUCUCCAUCUCCGAAUGUCUGGCGUCAAAGCAAUGCACACACAAGACUGCCUUCAGAGACAAACCUUCCUGGCCUAGUGAACAUAAUCCAUCUGCUCGUCAUGGACAAAAAGGGAACAGACGAUUACCGUCUUCAAGGCCGGAUCAGCACUUCAUUUAAACACACUAGUUUAUGUUCAAACACAUUUGAGGCCCACCAAAGUGGCCGAUUAGGAGAGCCGAAUAAAUCAGUGGACGACUGGUGGAAAGUUUACCAGAAAGUGGGAAAAAUAGGGCUAGAGGCAGACAGCAGACAGCAGACAGGUGGAGGACUAGACGAAGAGGGAUGAUUGGUAGCGGAACCUGGAGAGUCUUUUGAGGCCUUGGACAGAAGGACCGAAGACCAGUCCUCAAGACUGCCGGUGUUACCAAGGCAGGAGGCCAGCUUUCGGGUAAUUCAGAUUUGUCUUUUGGGGUCUGUUCUCACGUUGAAGUCGUGA